CUCUACGAUGUCCAUCAGCGAUGGACCAAGUUCAUUCCAGGUGCAAUGCCAUGCCGACAGGGGCCACAGGGCAUACAGGCGCUGGCUGUUAGCCCUGACUGGCGCUACCUGGCUGUGUCAGAGCACAGAGAACAGGGUAUCAUCACUGUGUAUGACAUACAAAGCGAGCAGUGCUCCAAGAGACAGGUACUGACAGGCAGCAGUGACAGCAUCCAUGAGUUUGUCUGCAUGGCUUUUUCUGCCGACUCCAAGUACCUGCUGGGCCAGCCUGGAGGACCCGCGUGGACCCUCUUCUACUGGGAGUGGGAGAAGAAUGAGGUUAUUGCCACGGUGAUGACCAAAAGGCUUGGCUUUGUCAGUCAGGUCAGCUUUAAUCCGAAGGACAACACACAGAUUUGUGUGAGUGGAAAUUACGUCUUCAAGAUUUUCACAUUAGAGAACAACUCCCUGAAUCAGACCAGCUCGUUUGAGAUGGACCUACAAAACAUCAUGUCCCAUGCGUGGAUGUCUGAGGACUGCAUCAUCUUAGGGACAGAAACAGGAAAACUGCUCAUGUUGAAGGCCGGACACUGGCACAAGAUGAGGAGGCCUUCUGAGAGGCGCAUCACUGCCAUCACGCAGUACUCUGAAGGCUUUGCCUGUGCAGCUGGGCCAGGGCUAGUUUACCUUUAUGAGAAAAUAGAGGAGUACAGCUACAGGAACACUAAACAAUUAAGAAUUCCUCAGGACCCCUGCAGCAGUCAGCCGAGUCAGUCGGAGCAGCAGGAGAUCACAACAAUAUGCCUGAGUCCAUCAGAGGAGACGCUGGCCAUAAGCACACGCCAAGGUCAAAUCUACCACGUCGGCCUUGCCUCGCCCGAGAUUAGCCAGAAAAUAAUAUAUUCAUUAUAUCAUCAACUGGCUAGAAAAUCUCAAUCUCAAUUUGAUGCUGUUUCUGGGAACUGGAGAAAUAUUAUUUUUGUAUGGUGCUGUCAUGUUUUUGUUUUGUUUUUCUGCAGGUCUCUGGAGCUGCAUAAGGAGUUUCUUGAAGAGCCGAAGUGCAUCUCAUUGCACCCAAAUGGCCUCUCCAUCCUGGUGGGCUUCCCUGAUAAAGUCUGUCUCAUGAAUGUGUUGGUUGACGAAUUCCGCACUGUCCAGGAGUUUGACAUACACAACUGCAAUGAGUGUGUGUUCAGUCAUGAUGGGAACAUGUUCGCUGCUGUCAGCGACAACCUGAUAAACAUCUGCAACAUCAGCACAGGAGAAAAAGUGGACCUGAAUGGCCACAUUAACAAGGUGAAGUCGGUGAUGUGGAGCGAAGAUGACCGUUGUCUGGCGUCGUGUGGUAUGGACGGCGCAGUAUAUGAGUGGAACGCUCUGACUGGCGCCUGUGAGUCCUUUAAGAAUGUGGAGAAAUCAUGUACCUACACGGCUGUGAUGUUCUUGCCUGACAGUGGGAGCAUCCUCGCUGUAGGCAGCGAUUUGACACCGAAUGAGCUCCGAGAUGGACAGAUCCUAAGGGAAAUGAUCUCCAUGACUCACUCUGGCCAAGCACUCUUUGUUGGAACUGCUGUUGGUACUGUAAGAGUCAUGCAGUACCCGUUAGAAGAGGAGAAAUCCUGGACAGAGUAUCAGGCGCAUUCUGGUCCCAUCACCAAAGUAUGUGUGUGUUCUGUUGGUGUCAUGAUGAUGUGCAAGAUGGUCAUCACGCCUGGUGAUCAGUAUCUUCUGACUGCCUCAGAGGACAGCUCUGUCCUCAUCUGGAAGAUCACUGACCAGGAGAGUCAAACGCUGGCUGUGGUAAAAGAAAUACAUUAUACUGAGGAGGUCCUCUGUACAAAGGCCUAUCUGGAGGAAAAGGACCAGAGUGCUUAUGCACAGGUGGAGUUGCUGAAGGAGGAGCAGGAGCGCAAGCUAAAUCAGAAUCACAUGGACUAUGAGAAGAAGAUUAAUAAAGUCAAGCAGAAUUUCCUCCAGCAGAUUGAGUCUCUGAAAGGCCUGAUCCAGAUGCUGAAUGCUGAAAAGGAGGAACUGAAGAUCUCUCAGGAGAAGGCCAUGACUGAGAUAAUGGAAAAACAUGCCAAAGAGCUGCAGGAUCAGGAACAUAAGCAUGAAAGCCAGAUGUUUAAAGCCUCCCAGAAUCAGGUUGAGCUGAAGCAGAGACUGCAUAGCAUGCAGCAUAACUAUGAGGAGAAACUGCGUGAGCAAGAGGACAACCAUUUAUGUACCAUGAUGAACAUGAAACGGGCCUGUGAUGACAGGCUGCGGGAUCAACAGGACAAGUUGCAGCAGACUGAAGAGAGGCUAAAGGAACUGCAGGGGAAAGUGACUCUUAGUCCAAAGAUGUCUCCCCCAAAUACGAUCAGGAGCUCCAGGAAGAGAAGGAGACCAGCAGGCAGCUGUAAUAUGAGUUGGAGAAUCAGAUGAUGCAGUUCUGCAAAAUAAAAGAAGAGAUACAGGACCAGUGCAUUCGGAUCAGUCAGGUCAUAAACCUGAAC